AUGAAUAAUGGUCACAUAAAAAAUCAUCAUAAUACCGAAAAAGAAAAUAAUUUAACACCAUUAAUAUAUAACGAAAUAUUAUUAUUUUUAGCAUAUAAUUGUAACUUUAAUAAUAUAUUGGAGCUCAGUUUAAUAUCAAAGCAAUCAUUUCAAAUAAUUCAAAAUUUAAUAACACAUAGACAAUUGCUAAUAUACGAUUUUAAAAUUUUAAUUUGUUUAAUAAAUAAAUCUAAAAGUAAUGAAAAUGGUUAUGGUAAUAGCUUGUUACAAUAUAGAGAAUCUGAAUGUAUUAGAAUAUAUUUAAAGGAUGAUGAUUAUCAAUAUAAUAAAAACAAAUUAAUAGAGGUAUUUGGAGAGCAACUUAAAAGUGUUAUUAUUCAACAUACUACUGUAGAUACAUUAAUAAAGAACCCAGAUUGUAAUGGUUUUUUUAAAUUUAACAAGUUAUAUUUAUAUUGGGAUAUCAAAAAACCACCCUUUUCAAACAAAGAAGAAUCAACAUUAUCAAAUGUAGAAGAUAACUCUGAAAAUUAUUUUAGAUACAACUUUUCAUUUGAGUUUUUAUCAAGGUAUACAGACCAUCAAAGAAUUGAUAUAUCAUCAAAUAGCACCAGUCUUCAACAUAGGUAUUCACAUAAUAAUAAUAAUAAUAAUAUCAAUGUAGAUAAUCAUUUAUAUAAAAUCAAUAAUAUAUUAAUAAAAUGUAGCAAAAAUGUAAAAAUAAUUAAAUUCAUUUAUUAUAAUACACCUUAUAAAUUUGCUCAACUUGCAAUAGGAUCAAAGUCACCAGCAAUAAAAUCAUUAACAUUAAGAUUAGGUUAUCACUUUAUAUUUAAUGAUUUACCUCAAGACAUUAAAAAAAAUACAAGCAAAAUAGUAUCAGAAUUAUCUAGAAGGUCCAAUAUUUCGUCCAAUAAAACCUUAAAGAAACUAAUUUUAAAAGAAAAUGUAGACAUUGGGAAAAGGUAUAUUUGUUCAUCACCAAAUAACACAGAACCAACAGAAUUUUUAACAUCUUUAAUUAGUAACAAGACAUUAAACACAUUGGGCCUGGAGUUGUUUACAUUGAAAGAAAAAAAUGAUUGCGAAAAACUGCUUCCAUUGGUUCAAAUACCCAACAUUGCAACUCUCUAUUGUGAUUUCGAUUCAGUCGAAGCCUUUUUAAAACACUGUCAAGUUAAUCCAAAUAUUACAACCUUAAAAAUCUGUUGGGAUAUAUUUGUAAAAAACCCAAUAGCAUACUCAAACUCUUUGGAAAGUUUGUUAGUACAUUUAUCAAAUUUCUUUAAAUACAAUACAUCCUCUUUACAAAAUAUAAGAAUCAAUACAAAUAAAAAAAUAAAUACAGUUUUAAUCAACUAUAUAAAAGAACAAAGAGAAAAAAACAAUAUAAAUAAUAAUUUAAAUAUUAAAAUAAAUAAAAGUUCAUUCUAA